AUGCUUACCUCUGCUCCAGCGCCAAAGCCGACCAAGAAGGACUCCGCUGCGUCCCGUCAGAAAUCGGCGUCGAAGAACACGGGAGCCGCUGUCAAGGCUGGCUCAUCAGCGAGAGUUGCAGCAUCAGGUGCCGCUGAGUCGCCAAAGCAGAGCUCUGCACAGGUGCAUGGCGUCGACUUCCAGUCGCUGGUGCAUGCGACGCAGGAGGAGACUCUCCGCGCUGUUGUGUCGAGCCUGCCCACGACUGGCCUGCAGGCUACCCAGAUUGGCCGUGCACGCCAACUCGUGCAGCAGAUUCUUCAUCACCGCUCACCGGAGGACCGUGUCUUUCUCGCCUACACAUCCAACAUGAUCUCAUGUGGUCUUCGGGACACGUUUACGUACUUGGCUCGCGAGCGGCUGGUGGACUGCUUCAUCUCGUCCGCCGGCGGCAUCGAGGAGGACGUUAUAAAGUGUGGUGGCAGCACGCUACUCGGUCAGUUCGGUCUGGACGGGCGAGCGCUGCGCCGCCGCGGCAUCAACCGCAUCGGCAACCUUCUCGUGCCAAACGACAACUACUGUUGGUUUGAAGACUUCUUCACACCUGUGCUGGAGUCGGUUCGGGAGGCGCAGCGGGCGUCGCGAUGGAAGACGCACACAGCCCCGUCCGAGAUCAUUGAGGCCAUGGGCGCCACCAUCGCAAAGAACCACCCCGACACGUGCAGCUCCAGCCUGGUCUACUGGUGCUACCGGAACAAGAUCUCCGUCUUCUCGCCAGCCUUCACAGAUGGCUCGAUGGGAGACAUGAUUUACUUCUACAACUUCUCGCACAAGGGGCUCGUCGUGGACCCCCUGGAGGACGUUGUGCGGCUGCGCAAGCUGGCAGCGAAGGGAAGUGGCCGCAACUUGGCCAUCGUGCUCGGCGGCGGUCUUCCCAAGCACCACCUUCUGCGCAAUGUGUCGAUGGACGCUGUUGUCAUGGUGACAACAGGACUAGAGGCCGAUGGCUGCGUCAGCUCCGGCGUUCUCGCUGACGACGUGGCGUGCGGCCUGCUCAGAGAGGAAACGGAGAUUGUGCGCGUGCAGGGCGAUGCCACGGUGGUGUUCCCGCUGAUGCUGAUUGCAGAGGAGGCUGCCACCCUGGAGAGGGCAGCAGCGUAA